GCCGGGGGAUUAUUUUUUAGAGUGGCGGAGGGAUCCCCGCGAAGACGCCAGGGAGGGAGGAAGGGCCAAGAUGGCGGCGCCCUGUGGGUUAGAAGAGCCCUGAGUGGUAAACAGCUGAGGGGAGGAGAAGGAAGGUUUGGUGAUCAUGAAAGGGCUUGGGUUGAUGACAGUGGAAAGAGAGAGUCUGCUGGCCGGAACAACAGUUCAACAGGGCCUCCGAUGAAGAACCAGCCGAGAUCUUGCCUGGAACGGUCACAGUAGCAUGUCCAGAAGCACGUAGAAAAUAGCACAAAGCAGAAUGGCUCAGCAAGCAAACGUGGGUGACCUCCUCGCCAUGCUUGAUUCUACCAAUCUGGUUGUCCUGGAAGAUAUAACAGCUGCAUUUAAAGAGAACCUUGCUUUGGAUCGUGGGCCCAUGCUUGUAAAUACCUUGGUGGACUUCUACUUGGAAACGGGUUCCCAGCAAGCAUUGCACAUCCUAUCCACGCUUCAAGAGCCGCAUGACAAGCACCUUCUGGAUAAAAUCAACGAAUACAUGAGCAAGCUUCCUACCCGCCUCCCUACUCUCUCGCUACUUGGCCACGUGGUAAGGCGGCAGCCAUCUUGGAAACAUAAGCUUUCUCAAGCGCCCCUCCUGCUUUCUUUGCUCAAGUGUCUUAAGACUGACACUGACAUAGUGGUACUCAUCACAGGUGUGCUCGUGCUGAUAACAAUGCUGCCGAUGAUCCCCCAGUCCGGCAAACAGUACCUCCACGAUUUCUUCGGCAUCUUUGGACGCCUUUCAUCCUGGUGCCUGAAGAACCCAGGUCAUGUGGCAGAGAUCUACCUGGUUCACCUCCACGCCAGCGUGUAUUCCCUCUUUCAUCGCCUUUAUGGAAUGUACCCUUGCAACUUUGUUUCAUUUCUGCGCUCUCACUACAGUAUGAAGGAGAACUUGGAGACCUUUGAAGAUGUUGUCAAGCCCAUGAUGGAACACGUGCGCAUCCAUCCGGAGCUGGUGACUGGAUCCAAGGAUCAUGAGCUGGACCCUCGAAGGUGGAAGAGGCUAGAAACCCACGGCGUUGUGAUUGAGUGUGCCAAAAUCUCCCUGGACCCAGCGGAAGCAUCCUAUGAAGAUGGCUACUGUUCAGUCUCCCAGCAGCCGCUCUCUCACGUGCAGCACCGCCCGGCCGACCCCAAUGGCAGCCCUUACCUUACUUUGCACAGCAGCACUGGCUUCUCAACCUCUACCCCUUACUCUGGUUCUCGGCUAUCGCGCUCUCACAUAUCAGGGCAGCUACCUCAGAUUUUGAACCCUCAGUCCUCGUGUCUGUCAACUGAGCCUCUGCAGGUUAACUUCUGGAGCCCCUCUGCUGUCUGCGGCAUGACCACACCACCCACUUCGCCUGGAGUUCUUUCGGAGUCUUCGCAAGCCUCAUCCCAGCCUCACAAGUUCUUCGGCGCGUCUGUUGGCAAAGGAACACCCUCGGGAACACCUGCCACCUCUCCCCCUCCAUUGUGCAUUUCAGACGAAUUUGUCCACGUUUCUGCUCCUUCCGCUGCUGCUGCACUUCCCAAGAAGGAGGACAAACUGGAUCAUGGGAGGCCUUCCUUGCCCCGACAGCAAAACAUUGUCAUCAACAACAUGAAGGCAUUAGACUCCCAUGGUGGUAAAAACUCUGUAACUUUAAGUGACCUUCCUGGCUUCUUAGGGGACUUGGCAGACUUAGAAGACAGCAUCGAGAAGGACAAAGAGGACGAUGCCAUAUCGAAAGAGAUCUCUGAGAUUACCACCGCAGAUGCUGAGCCCGUGGUGCCUCGGGGAGGGUUUGACUCCCCUUUUUACCAUUUCAACGAGAGUCUUUCCGGCUCCCAGAAGAAAUCCCAGUCUGCAGCCUCGAAUGCGCAGGGGCAGAUCCCGAACUCUGAUCCCGUAACACCUUGUCUGGACCAAUCUGGGAUCGAGAACGCCAGGGAAAUGCCCAGGCAAGCCUUCACGCCCAUCGACCGGCCGUGCCGAGACUCCGAAGAUCAUCCCGCUGGUCACAGGGAAAGCCAGGCCUCUGCGGAGACGAGUAUUUUCACCCCCAGCCCUUACAAGAUCCCGGACCACAGGAGAGCAGGGCUGGGCAAUGAGCAGCCUCCCCGAUACGAGCACCUCUUCGAGAUGGCUUUGCCAAAGACCGCCUUCCUCUUUGUCAGCAAAAAGACGGAAGAACUGCUGAGGAAGGCCAAAGGAGGCCAAGAAGAAGACGGGGCUUCCUCCGCGUCCCCAAUGGAAGUGCUGGACAGGCUCAUACAGCACGGAGCCGAUGCCCACAGCAAAGAGCUUAACAAAUUACCCUUGCCAAGCAAAUCAGCUGACUGGACUCACUUUGGAGGUUCUCCCCCUUCAGACGAGAUCCACACUCUGCGGAACCAGCUGCUCUUGCUCCACAACCAGCUGCUGUACGAGCGCUUCAAAAGGCAGCAGCACGCGCUCCGGAACCGGCGGCUCCUGCGGAAGGUGAUCAAAGCGGCGGCCCUGGAGGAGCACAACGCGGCUAUGAAAGACCAGCUGAGGCUCCAGGAGAAGGACAUCCAGUCCUUGAAGGUCAGCCUGCAGAAGGAGCAGGGCAGAUACCGCCAGUUCCAAGAAGAGCACGACAGCGUCGUGGCUCGGCUCCACAACCAGAUCCGCCAGCUGCAGCACGACCGGGAGGAGUUUUACAACCAGAGCCAGGAAUUGCAGACCAAGCUGGAGGACUGCUGCACCAUAAUUGCUGAUUUGCGGCUCGAGUUGAAGAAAGCCAACAACAAGGUGUGCCACACGGAGCUGCUGUUGAGCCAGGUUUCUCAAAAGCUCUCUAACAGCGAAUCGGUCCAGCAGCAGAUGGAGUUCUUGAACAGGCAACUUCUGGUCCUUGGGGAGGUCAACGAGCUGUACUUGGAGCAGCUACAGCACAAGCACGCCGACACACCCAAGGAAGUAGAAAUAAUGCAGGUGGCCUUCCGAAAAGACCUGGAAAAAGCCAAGUGUUACGUUCAGCAGCAGAACCAGCAGCUGGAGGCUUGUCAGAAACGGAUAACUGAACUGGAAUCUCAGCUCACCAAGAGAGACCAUCUCUUAUUGGAGCAGAAGAAAUACCUGGAGGAUGUUAAAGUUCAAGCCCGAGGCCAACUCCAAGCAGUGGAGAGUCGGUACAAGGUGCAGAAAAGGAUCACGCAGGCGUUUGAGCUGGAAAUCUUAGACCUGUACGGCCGGCUGGAGAACGACAAGUUGCAGAAGAAUCUUGCAGAUGUCAAAAUGGGAUCUCCUGAAAUAGUAGAUGAAAGCAGGCUACCCGAAAGCAACACAGGCUCCAUCGCGGGACACAGCGAAGAGACGCUCAACAGGAACGGUGAGACCAAACUGUCCGGCGCUCGGGGGAGCAGCAGCGGCAGCAGCAAGGGUGGCAGUGAAGUCUCCACUCCGGAGAAACCCCCUAACCAGAGAGCCGGGCAGCUGAGCCGCUGGGAGGCCUCCGUGCUGCUGGACUCCUCCCCCGGAGGGGGUCCCCUGACAGUGGGCUCCCUCCCCAGCUCCGAGAGCUUCCUCGGGAUGAAGGUGCGGGAGCUGUUCCGCAACAAGAGCGAGAGCCAGUGCGACGAGGAUGGGGUGACCAUCAAUAGCCUUUGUGACACUUUAAAGAUGGAGCUGUGCAAAGACCCCAGCCUGGAGGUCAGGGCGUCCCCUAGCCCAGAGGACCCCGACCCCUCCCCUCCGACCCAGGAAAGCAGUGUUGGACAGCUUCAUAUAAUGGACUACAACGAAUCCCAUCAUGGCCACAGCUAAAAAGGAAAGCGAGUCUGAAAUCAGUGUUACUUUUCAUGUUCUUGGCAUAGAACUGGGAGGCGUGAACGCACCUUUUAACUAAAAGCUUUCAUAUCUCGUGGGUCACGAGCCACCGGCUCGGGCCGCAGUAACUGGACCUGUGUUCGUGGACUUGGCUGAAUGAAUGUGAACUGGAUUUCAGGUCUGGAAAUGUCUAAGCUCAGUCUGAUCCCCCCCCCUCCCCCCACGCACACUUGCCAGACCUUCUUCAGAACAUAUUAAUGUCGACAGGACUCUCUGAGUCGUUGUCCUUGUCCGGUCUCCUCCCCCCCCCCCCCCCCCCCCGUGUUUUCUUUGAGCUGGCCCCCUCCAGUGAGAAUGUGUGUUGAAUACGAGGCUGAGAAAUGCAGUCGGGCACUUGACUGAGGAGCAGCGCGCCGGUCCAGCGCUGCGUGGAGCAGGGGGAGGUGCUUCCCUUUACUGGUGACCAGGGCUUAAUUUCCUCCUAGAAAGGAUGAAAUCCUAACAUUUGGCAACCUUUACAUGACACUCCGCCCCGCCCCUGCCCCCUUUUUAGUGGCUGGACACUGCUCUAGUGAUGAAAUGUUGUAAAAGAGGGCCUGUCAGCUUUUAAUGCCACAUUCUCCCUCUCCCCCCAGCCAUCUGUCUGUGCUGUCCCGAAACAUUUCUAUGGAACGAACAAAGGCUUCUGCAGUCGCUCCUUUGAGAAACUGGAACUUCUUGUGCAAAGAGCCCAGGUUGGAUUUGUGGUCCCACUGAAACACUAGUCCCCCACCCCAGUCCCUCGGCUCUCCUAAGUACUACUUCUUUGCUUGAUAAGCUGGUGUUGACCUCACCUCAUUUCUUGUGUUGUGAUGGGGAAAAGAAAUCCGAGGUUUCCCCCCGGAGCGGGAGGACUCGGUAGCUGGAGCAUCUCUGAAAACGUGGCAUGCUUUUGGAACUCCCUGAGAGUUUUUGCCAAAGCUGGGGUUGCACCUGAGGCAGGGAGGCCCGGGGAACUUUCACUUUUGUGUGUGUGUGAGAGAGAGUGAGUGACUGACCAGAGAGGAUGGCUCUGUGCUGCAAAUCCUGGAGAACUUUCACGUUGUGUGUGUGUGGGAGAGAGUGAGUGAGUGAGUGACCGACCAGAGAGGAUGGCUCUACGCUGCAGACCCUGUCGUCGUUUGCUUCUAAGCAACCGGUGGUUCUGUUCCUCUCAAGUGGCCCCCCCUCAGUCUUUCCUUUUACCUGAAGAAUGCUGACCUGGCUGCAAGCUGCAAGCUGCAAGCGAGGUGGCAGAAACUUCUGUGGUCUGUCAGAAACUCUGUGUGUGUUUGCCUACGUAAGGAUAGCUGUUGGUGGAAUGCAGCUAAAUGAAGCUACUCUGGGGGGCAAAAUCUUAGGAGGGAUACAGAACUGGCCCUCUCUUCAGCUCCCGAAUGGGGGGGUUAUUUUUUUCCCUUUUCAUUUUGCAGAAGUCUUCACUGAACCCAGCCUCCCGCCACACCCCCUGCCCUAGUGGAAAGGUAUUAAAUGUCAGAAUCUGUUGAUAGUUGUGACUUCCUAGCAGUCUGUGAGUCUUUCCUAACCUUCGCAGUGUAGCCUUCCAUCUCUGAAAUACUCAGAUAUUUUUCCCCAAGACCCUUCCCAGCAAAAGCAACUCUCCAGGUGGUCCUAAAUCCAAGAGGAAGCUGCUAUAAUUCUCCUGCGCACAAAGACCUUGCCUUGCCCCCUGGACGGUGGUCCCGUGUACAUUUCUAAAUAGUCUGUUAAUGUGGCCCAUUUUUAAUCUUUGGACCCUUCCUGGAACUUGGUUUUUAAAAUGGUGGACUUGGUAGCUGUGUUCAAAUGCUUGAAUCUCUCAGUAGAAUAGGAAGCGGACGAGCUUCUGCAAAGAGUGAAAUGGGAUUGUACGUGUACUGGUUGUGUUACUUAAAUGGUGGCAGAUUGUAGCAGAGGAGUUGGGGCUUCCGGGCUUCCAAACCCCUUCCCUUUCCCUUCCCAACGCUCCCUCUGGGGCUGGCUCCUGCUGGACGAGCCCCAGAACGAGGGGAGAUCAUUAACCAUCCUGUUUCAGGCUGCAAGAGUGGGGAGAUCAUGUUUUUAAAGUAUUGUAUUCCGAGGGAAACAGCGUCCUCCCUGAUAGCAGGAAACCAGUAGAGCGGAGACGUGUUCAACGGGAGGGCUUUCAAAUGUGAUUCCCUGCCUGCAGUCUAAAUGGGGGGGGGGGGGUUCUCUGCAGCCUCUCGUCGUGUCGAAUGUUUAGACUAGGUUGUGUAGUGCAAAAUGUGUGCGCCCCGCCUGCUUCGAUGCUUUCCUUCACUCCCACCUGGUCCAAAGAACUAAUUUCGGGGCAGUUCUGCAAAGAGGAACCGGAAUGAGCCUUUCUUUUCAGCCGUUCCUCCCGGACUGUCUCCGUUCUGCUUAUUAACCUGCACACGGUCACCCGUCCAGGUGGCCCUUUCCCUCUCUCAGAAAAGUCGGCAGGACCUUGACGGCGUUUGAAGCUAUUGGAAUCUCAGAUUAUUUUCUGAACGGACCAUAGAAAUUAUGAGGGACAAAUCUCGUUGCCGUUGUUCAAUAAAUCUCUUUGAAUCAUGGAUGUAUCAUACGGUAAAUUUUUUGGUUGCAGUUGUGGGGGGAAAAGAUCUCUUUGGUAAAGCUGGCAAUGGGAGUUUUUUUUUUCCUAUUAAAAAUGACUGCUUUUAGUUAAUGGAAUUUCUUAAUGGAAUUUAGUUAAUGGAAUUUCUUAAUGGAAUUUAGUUAAUGGAAUUCCUUAAUGGAAUUUAGUUAGUGGAAUUUCGCAACUCUCCAUCGAAGGGUUAACAUUGUUCCUCGCCUCUUGGUAAGCAUGAUAAUCUACCGUUUUGAAACAGAAGUGCCACCAAUAUGAAAUGGGCCAGGAGAAAUGGUACAAUCUAAGCUAAAAAAAACUUUGGGGGGGGGGGGGAACCAAAAAGAGGGUGUUUGCUGUCCUUACCAGAAUGUUCUAAUACGUCAAGGCAGUUGCUUGUGUUUAACUGUGAACAAAAUAAAAAAUGUAUUGUUUUGCA